GCAUUGUGGGGGAAGAAAGAAAUCACAUACAGAGCCGCAAGGGAGAGAGAGAAAACCCUAGUAGCAAAAAUGAAGACUAUUCUCUCGUCUGAGACCAUGAACAUCCCCGAAGGCGUGAGCAUCAAGGUUCACGCUAAGGUCAUUGAAGUGGAAGGUCCCAGGGGGAAGCUUGUUCGUGAUUUCAAGCAUCUCAACCUUGAUUUCCAGCUCAUCAAGGACGAAAAUGGCCAGAAGAAGCUCAAGAUCGAUGCUUGGUUUGGCUCUCGCAAGACCUCCGCCGCCAUCCGUACUGCCCUCAGCCAUGUCGAGAACCUCAUCACCGGCGUCACUAAGGGAUACCGUUACAAGAUGAGGUUCGUCUAUGCUCACUUUCCGAUUAACGCAAGCAUUUCCAACAACAACUCCUCCAUCGAGAUCCGCAACUUCCUUGGCGAGAAGAAGGUGAGGAAAGUGGACAUGCUUGAGGGAGUGUCUGUGGUUAGAUCUGAGAAGGUUAAGGAUGAGCUCGUAUUGGAUGGAAAUGACAUUGAGCUUGUAUCAAGGUCAUGUGCCCUCAUUAACCAGAAAUGCCAUGUGAAAAACAAGGAUAUUAGGAAGUUCCUUGACGGUAUCUAUGUCAGCGAGAAGGGAACAAUAGUUGAAGAGUAGAUGGUGAAAGACUAGCCUUUUUUUUUAAUUUUAUUUUCAAUGAUGCUUCUGUUGUUCAUGGAUUGCUUCCUGUUUAGUGGUUUGGAGAUUAUUGAGAUUUUGGGUUUUACAAUUUUGUGUUUUAUCAAAGUUAUAUCAUUUUGGAACAUCUUAUUUAA